AUGGACAGGAAAGAGCAGGAGGUGCUGCAGUACCGGACUUGGUGUCGAGAGUUGGAGCAGCAAGUGGAAGCAGGAGGGGUGAGUGUGCAGGGAUCCCUCCCAGGCAGGUGGGAAGCCACAGAAGACCACAGCCUGGAGAAAGCACUGCUUCAGGUGGAAGAGGAGCAGCAAAGGUGUGAGAAUCUGGCCGAAGUGAACAGUCUCCUGCGGGAGCGCCUCGAUAAAGCGAAUGAGGUCAAUUCAGCCCUUAAAGAAGAUGUUGGAAAGCUGACGGCGGAUUGGAUGAGGGCCCGGGAGGAGCUGGAAUUGAAGGAGAGUGAAUGGCGCAAUGAACGUGAGCUUUAUGAAAACUACUUAAAGGGUGAACAUAACCGCCUGCUCAGCCUGUGGCGUCAGGUGGUAACCUUCCGCCGUCAUUUCCUGGAAAUGAAGACUGCCACUGACCGAGAUUUGUCAGAGCUGAAGGCAGAGCAAAUGAGGCUUUCUGGAUCUGUACUUGUGAACUGCUCCCGUCUAAAGUCUGGUGUCCAGCGCUGGGAUUGCAUCACUUUGGGUAGACCUGUCCCGAAGGAUGAGGCCCAGCAGCAAGCGGAACACGAAAUAAGCCAGACGACGCAGGAAGUGAUGUGCUUACAAGUCAAGGGGGACCUGGAGAAGAAGGAGCUUCAAGACAGGGUGAUGGAGCUCUCAGCCUUGCUUGCACAGUCUCAGAAGCAGAACGAGGAGAAGGAGAAGACCAUGAAAGCACUUAAUGACACUGUGGAGAUUCUAGAAGCAAGUUGGUUAGAGAAAGAAUAUGAAGCUUCGCUGACUAAAAGUGCCAAAGAAGAGAAUGUUUCUCUCCAAAAGCUGAUAAAAGAUAUAACCGAGGUGGUGUUAGAUGACAGUGCCAGCACGGUCAGCAUUAUCUGCACUGACAGUUCCCGGCACGCAGAGUCUAGCAACAUCCUCUCUUGUCUGAGCUCCCUUGAUGCAGAGCAUGCCUUUGUAGUGGUUCAGGAAGCACUGGCAAGGAGGCGAGGAGCAACACAGGCCCUAAGAGAAGAGCUUUCUGCCAGGCAGGACUCCAUCCAUUUCCUGCAGCACCAGCACAGGCAGCAGGAAGAGAAGUGCAGGAACCUGCAGCAAAGGCUCGAGCAACUGGAGGAGGAAUGCAAGACAUCCAGCAGCCACCUGCAGCACCUCCGGUCUCUGGUAGAAGCACUCAGAAGUGACUGUGCAAACCUCGAGAAAACCAGGGAAGAGCUACAGCAACAGCUUGAAGUAACGGAGCAAGAAGCCUCGCGUCUGCGUCAAAGUAACGCUGAAUUGCAGCUGAAGGAAGAUUCAGCCCAGGGGGAAAAGGCGGAGCAGCAACAGACGAUGGAGAGAGCGCGUCGUGACCAGGAGCUCCUACUGAAGGACUUGGCUGCACUGGAAGGAAAACAUUCAUUGUUACAGAGCGAGUUGGUAGUCGCGAGAGAGGCGCUGGAGGAAUCGCACCUUCAGAGGGAUCUGCUGGAGCAAGAGAAACAGGAGCUUUCCACGGCACUGGAGAAGGCAGAGCAGUCGGUAGCAGAGUUGACGGGGGCUCAGAAUAAGCUGACUGCUGAAAUAGCUGAUCUCCGUGGUGCAGCAGCGAACGUGGGCAGCAUCAACGAAGCCCUCGCAUUGGAUAAAGUGCAACUGAACAAACUUGUGCUGCAGCUGGAGCAAGAGAAUGAAGUUCUGUCGGGUAAAGUGGACGAGAUGGAGAGAGCAAAGAUCUGUGACCAGGAGAAGCUGAACUUGUGUGAAAGAACAAAUGAAGAGCUCUGCGCAGAGAAAGCCCACCUGGAGCAGCUGCUGAAGAAAGCAGAGGAGCAACAGGAGGGGCUGCGGGUAGAGCUGACGAUACUGGCAGAGGAGAAGGAAGAAACCCAAGAGAAACUCAGUCAGGUUUACCGCCAGCAAGAGUGGGCUAGCAGUGGUCUGGAGCAGUUGCGCCAGGAGUCCUCUCGCCAAGGGCACGCGCUGGCCAAGGUGUCCAAAGAGAAGGAAUUGCUGGUGCAUGAGAAGGCUGCCCUAGAGGUGCGACUGGCAGCCAUGGAGCGGGACCGACAAGGCCUUUCAGAGCAGCUGGCAGAGGCCAGGUCAGUGAAGGAGACCAUGGAAUCCAGCCUGUUUGAGGCUCAGCAGCGUUUAUCUCAGCUGGAGAUCAGCAGGAGUCAGCUUGAAAUCCAACUUCACGCAGUCAUGCAGGCCAAGGAGGUGAUACAAGGGGAAGUGAAGUGCCUUCAGUGUGAGCUGGAAGCGGAGAGAUCCCUCAUGAAGCAGGAAUGGGAAAACAUGGCGCAACAGCUCUUGCGGACAGAACAGCAGUAUAACAGUACCCUCAAACUUCAGGAAACUGAUCAUGAAGUGGAAAUAAACAAGCUCCUGCAAGACCUGGCAAGCGAGCGUGAAGGGCACCAUUCAGAGCUGCAGGAGAUGCUGGACAGAUGGGAAAAGGAGAAGGCAGAGACCGAAGGGGAGCACGAGAAGAAGCUGUUAGAUAUGAAGCAGAAAGUUGCUACCAUGCAAGCUCAACAAGAGGAGGAACGAACCAGAGUCGAAAAUGCCACGCAAGAAGUCCUGCUAGAAAAGGAGAGUGAGAAGGAUGCUCUCUUAGAGAUGCUACUCCAAACUCAAGGAGAGCUAAGAGAAGCCUGCCAGCAGCUAGAGCAGCUCAGGCAGGGGAUGAAAGAGCAGCAAGAUAAUGGGCAGAACAUCACAGAAAAGCUGCAAGCAGAGCUGCAGGAAACUCAGCGUAAGAUCAAGGCAGUGGAGAAUAGGCACAAAGAAGAAAUCAAAACCAUCAAAGAGGAAAUGAAUAUCCUUCUUCAGCAGAGGGAUGGUCUACAAAAACAGGUGGAAGAGUUGACAUCUCAGCUAGCAGCCUCUGAAGAGUCUCUAAAGAAGGAAGCUAUGACUCUACAUCAAGAAGUGGCGUCUUUGGAAAGGAAACUCGAGAGCACGGAGAAGCAAAGAAAGGAUGUCCUGCAUGAACGGGACAGACUGCAAGCAGUUAAAGAAAAACUGGUAUGGGAGAUCAAACUUCUUCAGGAUUCAGUCACAGCCUCUGAAACCCGAGCAAAUACAGCAACAGAUAUGAAUCACUCCCUUGAACAAGAACUCCAAACUACACUGUCUCUUUUAAAAAUUAAAAAUGAGGUGUUGGAAACGCAGUGGGAGAAAAUCCAGAUGCUACAGAAAGAGGCAGCAGAGGUAAAAGCUUUGCAGGAGAAUCUCACUCGUAUGACUGCCAUCCUGUCAGAGAGGGAGGGAGAAGUCAAGUUACACCAGGAACAGAUGAGAAUGCUGGAUAAGCACGAAAAAAACCAAAGGAUUGCUGUCAGCAAGAUGAGCAAAGAGCUGGAAGAGAGGGACCAGGAGAUCAGAUCCCAGCAAGAACUGAUAUCGGAGCUGGAGAAGCAGCGAGAAAUGCAGAGGGCUGCCGUGAGCACGAUGAGCAAAGAGCUGGAGGAGAGAGACCAGGAGAUCAGAUCCCAGCAAGAACUGAUAUCGGAGCUGGAGAAGCAGCGAGAAAUGCAGAGGGCUGCCGUGAGCAAGAUGAGCAAAGAGCUGGAGGAGAGAGACCAGGAGAUCAGAUCCCAGCAAGAACUGAUAUCGGAGCUGGAGAAGCAGCGAGAAAUGCAGAGGGCUGCUGUGAGCAAGAUGAGCAAAGAGCUGGAGGAGAGAGACCAGGAGAUCAAAUUCCAGGAGGGGAAAAUAAUGAUUCUAGAACAACACGGUGCAUCACAAGUGAGAAAUCUGCUCAUGGAUCUUGAUCAUAUGAAAGGAAGCUUGAAGGAGAAAAACGUAGAGCUUAUGUCUCAGACUCAGCAGAUCCGGGAACUAGAAAAGGAGAGAGAAGAGGUGAAAUCUCUGCACGCAAGCCUUGAACACCUGAGGGCAGUUCUUAAGGUCAGAGAGAGUGAGUGCGAUUCUCAAAGGGAUCAGUUAAAGCUCUUCCAGCAGUACAAGGAAGAGCAAGAGGGGCACCUGCAAGAGCUUCAUGGUAAAGUAGAAAAGAUGGCACUUUCUUUAUCUAAAAAAGAUCAAGAGCUUGAGUCACAACAAAAGCAAAUGCAGGAAGCUGAAGAAGUCAUGGAAAUGCAGUUAAGGGCUGUCCGUGACCAACUGGAGCAGACCUUAGAAACCUUAAAAGAAAAGGACAGACUCAUAGAUAUGCAAAAGCAAGAAACACGGAACUAUGAGGAGAAAACAGAGGAACGGAUGAACGUCUUACGUAGAGACUUAGAAUACACUAAGGCAAUACUGGAAGAAAAGGAUUUCGUGAUUGAAUCUCAGAAGGAAGUGAUUGAGACCUUCCAAAAACAAGAACAAGACUCUGAACGGCAGAAGGAAACUCUGCAGCAUCUUCAAGUGGCACUAAAGGAACAAGAGCAAGAAAUGUUAUCCCUUAGAAAGCAACAUGAGGCAUGCAAGGAAAAGGAGGAAGAGCAUGAAGCUGAGCAAACAAAUCUUCAAGCAACAAAACGGACUCUGAAAGAAAGAGAAGAAAAGAUAGAGGUUCUGGAGGAGGCUAUCUCUAAGCUUCAACAGCAAAAGGAGGAGGCAGCGAUGCAGACUAAAGCCAUACUGCAAAAACUAGAAUAUGCUGAAUCUUCUCUAGAAGCUAGAGAUCAAGAGGUAGCGUCUUUGCAAGAGCACGUCCAGGACCUUCAAGCGCAGAAGGAGUUAGAAGGCAAGCAGGCCAAGAGUCUACAGCAGGAUCUAGAGAAGAUGAGCCAAACAGUGAAGAAGAACCAUUUGGAGUUCCUCAGGCAGACAGAGCAAAUGAACACGUUCCAGCUUCGUGAAGAAAGCAUGAAAGUAGCACUAGCAUCGUGCCAGAAGCAAGUGAAACUGCUUGAGGAAGUGGUGAGGAAGAGAGGUGAAGACAAUGAAACUCUUCUGCAAAAACUCCAGCGCCAAGAAGAAGACCUGAAGACCUUGCAGAAUCUCCAGCUUAGGCUAACCAAGAAGAAUGAAGAGGUUAGACACCACAGCGAGCAAGAGAAGCUCCUGGAAGAAGCCUUGCCUGAGAGGGAACGAGAGACCAAGGCUCAAGGUGAGCAAAAAGAGUUAGAAGAGGAAAUAAGAGGUCUUCGGGAAGAUCUCCAGCAUGUUCAGCAGACUCUGUCAAAGAAGGAUGAAGAGAUCAAGUACCAGAGAGAGAGAGUCGGGUAUUUAGAGAAGAGCCUGACAGGGAGAGAAGAAGAGCUUAGGAGGCAGAGUCAACUCCUGCAAGAAUUAACAUCAGCUUUGCGAUGGAAGGAUGGAGGGGACCCCCUACAGAAGCUCCAAAAAUGGGAGGGAGAGGAAGCGGAGAAGAGGAAAGGUCUCCAGGAGAGAGGCUGUCUCUUGAAAAGGCAGAAGGAGCUAACGCAACAAUUGGAAGAUGAGAGAAAAGCAAAGGGGGAAGAACUGGAGCGCGUGAUUGCUAUUUUGAAGCAGAAUGAAAGCGGAGAAGACAAAUGGAAAGAGAAGGCACGAGCACUGACUCUUGCCCUUACCAAGAGUGAAAUGGCCAGUGAGACCCUGAGGGAAGAAAUAGCUAUCCUGCGGAGUAUGGUUUCAGAGAGGGACAAGGACCGGUUUCAUCUUCAGCAGGCUAUUGCAGAAGGCGAGCAGCUAUCCUGGCUCUCAGAGAAGAGACUCCUGUCGCAGCGGCUGGAAUGUCUGCAGCGAGAUGUUGCAAGGCUGGAGCAGGAGAAGACGGAGUUGAAGCAACUCAAUGCUGAGCUCAGGCGGACUCUUGAGCAGGUGGAACGUGAACGGAGGAGGCUGAAGAGAGCUUAUGGUGGUCGGUCGCUGCCAGAUGCAUGCGGAUUUUCUCUCUCCCAGUCUGACCAGCACAAGAUGCCUGCUUCUAGACAGGAGGAGUCUCAUGAUCACUGCAGUCAUCGAUUAGCUGAGUUACAGGACCAGGUGUCCCUUCUGCAGACGCAGCUGGCACGAGAACGAAAAUACAAGCAGGACUAUAUUGAGUGCUGCGCAAAGACCAGCCAGGAGCUGUCAGACCUUCACCAAGAGCUCUCUUAUUCCUUAGCAGCCGUGGUCAGGGAGCCCGAAGCUGCUGUGCUGGAGGCAGAGACCCGGCAGCUGGAUCGGUCUCUGAACCUUAACUUGGCACUGAUACCUCCGGACCAUCAGUCUCCUGAGAGACAGCCGUUGCAUUCAACAGCCAGAUCUGCCAGAAGCGAUGACCUGAGGUAA